ACCUAUUACUGUGUAAUAAAUCAUCCAAUAAUCCUACCUCGGGAGUAGGCCUGGUGGACCCGGCCCCGGUUGUGGCUUGCGAAGGUCUCAGCCACAUUUCCAUAGCUCGUCCAGACCGGGAGCCAAACAUCAACAACACUCUCCUCUGACGAAUCGUCUCGGCCAUAACGGCGCAAACAGCGCAUAUUAUACCCAAUCGUGGAUGAAACUUGUGUUCUCGCUGGACCUUGAUAUACUUGCUCAGAGCUAGUAGCUGCACCUCAAGAGCUCCCAUCCAACAUGGCGCUGAACGCCUACCUCAAUAAAAAAGUUUCGAUCCUGACAAUCGACGGCCGCACCAUGGUCGGCACCCUUCUCUCCUGCGACAAUUCCAUGAACCUUGUCCUGCAAGAUACCGUCGAGCGCAUCAUCCGGCCGCGCGAAGAGGAAAUGCCGAGCGAGGAGGUCCCUCUGGGAGUCUACAUUGUGCGAGGCGAUAACGUGGCGGUAUGCGGGAGGGUAGAUGAGGAGCUUGACGAGCAGAUAAAUUGGACAGAGGUUCAUGGGGAGGUGAUUGGGACAACGAAGCAUGUGUGAAGCGCGCUGCAGGAUAUGGUUACUCGAAUACGCUGGAUGGGCACGGCUUUGCAGGCAUAGAAGGAACUUGAACAAGCAAGAGAAGGAAGAGAAGUCAGGAGAGACGGCGUCGAAUGAUGAAAAAAGGGUCGGGGUUGGGAAGCUCACGCCGCGUCGGUUAUAUGAUACCCGAAUGAUUCCACAGGAGCGAACACUGGAUAUCGCUUGCUUGUAUAUGCACCCAGCGCUGAAAUAGCCACAGAACGAAUUCCCUUCCAGUGAUAUGCGACAUUUUACGGAUGCACCCCAUCUGCCUUCUCCCUACUGUAUCUGCCUUCCUACGCC